GUCUCGGACAGACUCAGAAGAGUGUGAGUGAUAGAUUUCCUUUGGCAUGUUCAGGGGCUGUGAGUUGGUGCCGGGUGCCUCUAUGAAGUGGCGCACCGGAACCGCGGUUGCUAGUGGGUUGGUCGAUUUCUCUUUUUCUGGUCCACCCCUGCUGGCUGUUCGCCCUGCUUUUAAAAUCUGAGCAGGAUUGAAUUGGGUGGCUCAGGAACGGGGCAGGCAGCCAGCGGGCGAAUCAGCCCAAUGACCCGAAAGAGCAUGACGAGUGCUGCCAGUGGCACUUGAGUCACCGCCCCCCUCCUCCCUUCGGCCGUAGGGGGGGAGAGUCAGUCUGCUCUGGGGUAGCCUACGUUAUUGUUGUUGGUUUUCGCCUGCAGCAUACGGCAUCGGGCGAACAGCCUUUUGCAGUUCUUACAGCCAGACCUGUCCUCUUUGAGACAUCUCAGACAAGUCGAGUGCUUGCUUGCUUGCAUUGCCGACUUGGUCAUCUGCACAAGCCACCUCGCCGUCGUCCUCGUCCUCCUUGUCACUGCUACACACACAUCCUUGAUCCCACACACACACUUAGACGACUCCCACAUCACCACAUUCGCACUGGCACCCAUCACUGGUGGCACAAACGACGGCUAUCAUUCCAUUCCACCGUCCACCCCGCACCGCUCUUGUCCACCCACACCUCUCUCUUGCCCGCACACUGCCAACAUCGUCUCACACACAUCGCAGCACUACACAAAGCGCUCAGCCAUGGCUGCUGAACUAAACGGCAGCCGGCUGCCAGUCGUCCCACCUCGCUCUCACCUGCGCCCAUCGGCACCACCAUCAUCAACCGCAUCAUCGUCGUCGUCGCCCUGCUCAUCGACUCCAUCAUCCUCGACUGCGUCUCCCCUCCCAUCGCGCAGUUCUUCUCUCGCCCGCAGUACAACCAAGUCGGCCAGCUCGGUCGAGGUACACACUCCUUCGCCUCCGUCCACUCCCUUGACACCACGCCAUUUCAACGUAUCGUCCCCCAUGGGUGGCGGUAACACCGACUUUGGUCCCAAGCUCGGGCCACACGAGCACGAGGUUAUCCAGUUCUCCAAGCCUGUUCGCAAGCGCAACAUGCACGGCAGCGUGUCAAGCAUUGACCGCGACCCGUUCAAGGUCCGCGACGGGAUCCAGUCGCGCAAGUCGUCGAGCGGCGUCUACACACCCCACACCUUCCCCGGUCCAAGUGUGCGCCCGAACCAGGCGUUCCCAGCGACGUCGCCUACAACGUCGACGUUCUCGCACGACUCGUCGCAUCACCACCAGCACCCGCACCACAGCCACCACAAGCAGGCCCACCGCGUCCGCUCGCUCGGCAGCUUCCAGCGCUUCUCGAUGCACCUGAACAAGGAGUCCGAGCCGCCAGUGCCGCCGCUUCCUAUCUCCAACCCCCGCAGCAGCUACCACCACCCGCACACUCAGUAUGUCGCUCCCAAGCCGAGCAGCUACUCGCCUACGAGUGCCCGCUCGGGUGGGUCGAUCAGCCCGCCCGACACCCCGACGACCCCGACGUCGGUAAACAUUGCUGGUCACCGCGUGCCCGCGAGCAGCGUCGCCCGCCCCGUGGUCAUCAUGUCCAACGACUUUGGCCCGGGCGUCGACUUUUCGCGCUCGCCCGUCGAGUCUGCCGGCCUCGGCCUCGGACUCGAAGACGCCAAGCUGCCGCCUACUCCCCUCACCCCUUCUUACAUUCUUCGUUCGUCGAUGCAGGCUCCCCAGCUUCCGCCGAUCGACGCGUCGCCUUCUGCGCUGCCGUCUCCCCCGGCCGCCAUCAAAACGUCGCCUGCACCCAAGCGCACUCGCCGCAAGCCCGUACCUCGCCUGGACGAGGACGUGAUCGAGCACCUCGAGGCACUGGAAACUGGGUCCGACGCGCGCCCCCACGCUCUCUAAGCAACAAGAACGCCCCUUUAAUUGUUUGCCCCGUGUUUGUCUCGUUCUUGUUGUAUACAUUGUCUGCUAUCGUACUGUCUGUCCGGGCUCGCCGUCCCUCUAAACUGGCUUGAAAUGUCACCCGUGUAUGUGGUAG